AUGAGCUUUGAUGAUGACUUAAUCUUUGAUGCUUAGAAUGAUGAUUAAUUUUUCUUUGUUUAGGAAGAAUAGUUUUAGAAUGACUUUUUAGAUUAAAAGAUAUAAUAUUAGUUUGAAUGUGAUUAACUAGGAGAUAUGAAGUAAAUAAGAGGAAAUACUUUUUAGUUGCUAAGAAGAUGUAAAUAAUUUUUAAGAAAAUUUGGAAGUGAAUUAGAUAUUGUCAUCUACUAAUAAUUUAGUUAUAGAAAAUGAAUCACGUUUGAUGAACAAUAGUCAGUUUUUCAAUAAUUAAUAAAAAGUAGAUGAUUUUGCAAUUAAAUCAAGAAGUAGAAGUAGAGAGAUAGAGAAAAAUGUAAUAAAUUAGUUAGAAUAGAAUUUAGAGUGGAAAAAUGAAAAAAUGGUCUUAAGAAGAAAAUGAUUUACUAGCAAAUUUGUAUUAAUAAUUUAAUGGAGAUUGGAAUAGAAUAGUUGAAAAAAUGAAUGGAAGAACUUUGACUUAAUGUAAAUAGUUUUGGUAAAGAAAACACAAACCUGAAAUAUCAUAAAAAAGUAAAUGGACACCUUAAGAAGAUUAAAUAAUAAGGGAUAAUGUUAAUAAAGAAGAAAAUAAUUGGGCAAUUAUAGCUAAUAGUAUAUUAUAUAUCAUAUAUUGAAAGUCUUAAAAAAUAAGAGUGGAAAAUAAAUAAGGGAAAGAUAUAUAAAUAAGUUAAGAGCAGGUAUUAUUGAUAUUAAGAAAUAACCAUGGUCUUAUUAAGAAGAUCAAAAAUUAUUGUAGUUUUAUAAUUAAUUUGGAUCUAAAUGGUCUUAAAUAGCUCAAAAUUUUAAUGGAAGAUCUGUAAAUAUUUUUAUAACUUAAUAAAGGAUUUGUAGAUCAAAAACAGAACUCAUAAAUUAUUAAAAAGUUAUAGCAAUUCACAAUUCUAAAAUGAAUAGCCUAAAUUAUAAGUAGAUAAUUUAGAUGACUAUUUAGAACUAGAUAAAACUUGUGAAAAAUCUCAAAAUAAACUUAAGUUUGAAUUUCCUUAUUAUAAUUCUAAUUCAGUUUCUUCUCAAUUAAUUCACUGA